CUUAGCCCCUUGCCACGGGAAGUUGGGCUGGUUACCACUCUUUGCUACGGUACUUUGAGCCUCACAAGACGGCAGAUUACAAAGGUCUCUCCUCUUCACCAACUUCUAGAACGCGAAGCCAAACUUGGUCCUCUUUUAUCUCGUUGCUGAAUAGUCGAUCAAUGUUAUUCAUCUUCUAUCACUACCUACCCGAUCCCUGGCUUUCCACACGGACAUCUCUAUUGGGCCUCAGCUCUAGGCAGUCGAGUGUCGGCAGAUUCCAAUGAACCGUCUCUUUACGACCAUCGCCGGAGUGGCAACGGCUUUAUCAUUGUUAGGAUUAGUUGAUGGAUCACCUAAAGCAGCACGAUGGUCGAACAAGACCUUAGGACCAGACGGACCUUGGAACGCGGUAGAGGUAUCAUUGGGAUCUGGCCAACAAGUGACGGCCUACGCAGGGAAGAUGUGGGAGUCGUUUUUCCCCGGAGGAACUUAUUGCGGAAAUGUCACGGCCGAUGGUCAGCCAUGUUAUGCACAAGAGGCUGGCGGCAUAUACAGCGAAUUAACAGGUACCGGGCACAAGCCAAGUAUCCUCAUAGCCGGCGGUAGCUCCUUGACACCUAACCAGGUUUCUAACGGAAGUGAUGGACUACGGUGGGCCGACUCGUUCUUCCUGGGAACCAAUACGACCCCAUGGGCCGACGAUAAGGUGAACGAUUUUGAUAUGGUUCUUCUGAGCGAUAGUCAGUUUCGGUAUCCCAACGGAAAUAAAUGCCCGAUAUUCGCAGGCUGUCUUAGUUUCGGCGCGGCACCUGGUAUGGUUAACCAGACAUUCCAGGUAAACGCAGGUACAGCUGCGGGUGCCGUCAAUGUUAGUCUAUUAGCUGGGACCUUGUAUGAAGAGAACGCAAUCGACUCUCAAACUUUCGGGAUGCACAUCGGGUCUGCUGCUCCCCAACCGGUUCCAGGCUCGCUUUGGUUCGGAGGAUACGACCGAAAUAGAGCUGUAAACGAUAUGUUGGCUAUCCCCAUCGCCGACCCCUAUCUCGUAUUCACAGAUGCUCCUCUCGUGGACAUAUCCAUCAAUGUCGUCAAAGGGGGGUCGCCAUUCCCCUGGAGUUACAAGGGGGGGCUGUUGGCAUCAGGGAACUCUUCGAUAGGGGAUCGACUACCCCUUGCUAUCGAUCCCUGCUUUCCGUACAUCAAUCUACCAAAGAGUACAUGUGAUGCUAUUGCGGCCGAGAUCCCAGUGACGUAUAACGAGGGGUUGGGGUUAUAUCUCUGGGAUACUGAGUCUCCGGAUUACGGUCGCGUAGUGCGGUCUCCCUCCGUCUUGUCGUUUACCUUCAUGGACCCCAACAAUAACUCGCGGAGGGUGAACAUCUCGGUACCGUUCAUGCACCUAAACUUGACACUCGAUAAGCCGAUCGUCGACAAACCGACCUCCUAUUUCCCCUGCAAUGCGGUAUCAAAUGGGAACUAUGCUCUCGGGCGUGCUUUUCUGCAGGAUGCUUUCUUUGGAGCAAAUCUGAAGACGGCUUUCUACUUCAUAUCGCAGGCACCUGGACCAAGUGUCAACGGACAGAGCGUGACGAUCAUGGACGAUCAGUGUCGAACACUCUUGACUAGUAAUAAUAACUGGGAAACAUCCUGGGACGGGUACUGGACGCCGCUUCCGGAACCAGCAGACGAUGCGACGAACGGAUCAUCAGAGCACAUGUCUAGAACAGGCGUCAUCGCUGGCUCGACCGUCGGUGGCGUGGCGGGUUUCACGAUACUCGCAUUGAUCGGCAUCAUUGUACGGAGAUACCGCGUGUAUGGUAAGGGCUUCUCGAUAUGUGGUAUACCCCUGAUUAAGGAUAAGCCAGCUGCGUACUAUGGCACGAACGUCACCGAGGCAUUAGGAGAGUCUCCGAAGUCGCCAGCUGAAUAUUGGCCACAGCAACAUGCGCCCGUGCCAGAGCUACCGACGAACUCCGGCAACACAUGGCAGAUGCCAGCUCAUGUUACGGACCAGGCAACAGAGAUGGAGACGCCAUAUGUCGUUCACGAGAUGCCUGCAGAUUAUUUAGGGGCAAAUAGCCAUCACUACCACACUCGCGAAUAGUAUAGAUACCUAUUGUGGUGGAACAUACAGUACUUGGGCUUGCAUGAUACU